CUUAUUCUGACAUCUGCCUUUGCCUUCUCACCAGACUCUCUCUCUCGUUUUCUGGAUUUCUUUCGACUUCCUUUGUCCGAUCAGAUCCAACAAUCAAUCGAAUCGAAAAGCCCAAUUGAUUAACAUGACUCUUGGCUCUGGAGGAUCGAGUGUUGUCGGUAAAAUUCUCGAUUCUUCCCGUUCCAAGGAACUUCCGGUUGCUUGAGGAGCUUGAACGUGGGGAAAAGGGCAUUGGAGAUGGGACCGUGAGCUAUGGUAUGGACGAUGGAGAUGACAUCUACAUGCGCUCUUGGACUGGCACUAUCAUCGGUCCUCACAAUACCGUGCAUGAGGGCAGGAUCUAUCAGUUGAAGCUCUUCUGUGACAAAGACUACCCGGAGAAAUCCCCUAGAGUUCGGUUUCAUUCACGCAUCAACAUGACUUGUGUCAACCAUGAAACAGGAGUGGUGGAGCCGAAAAAAUUUGGGCUUCUUGCAAACUGGCUUAGGGAGUACACAAUGGAGGGUAUACUGACUCAGCUGAAGAAGGAAAUGGCGGCUCCACAUAACCGGAAGCUCGUUCAACCUCCCGAAGUGGUGAUGAUGAUGAUGAUGAUGAUGAUGAUGAUGAUGAUGAUGGUAUGAUGCUAAUUGAUCAUCUGAAGAUGAAUCCUUUUGUGCGGAAGAUAUCAAAACAGAGUAUCCUUUUGAAUCCAUGUUUUAAUCUUGUGCAAUUUUUUCUCUCUGGGUUCUUUUGAUCUCAUUUGGAAACUUUCCCUUCUCUUUAUGAAGAACUAGAAAUUAAUGUUA